UUUACAAUAAAUACCGCUAAGAUUAUUUAAAUUUAUUGCAAAACAUAUGGGUCAUAGAAAAUCUCAAAUCGAAGGUUAAUUUUCACGAACAAAGCCCAUUUGAUUAAAAUUGUGCAAUAUGGAUAUGGUAGGGGGCAUGACCAAAAUAGACAAGCAAACGUUGUUGUUUUUUCAGAUGGCAUUAUGUUGCUGCUUCGAAGUGUUUCUGUUUUAGUGUUAAUUGUGCCAACAUUAGCAAAACCUUUCUUGUAUAAUGCUCCACAAACCUUGACAAGUUUCAUCUCUUCAGCAUCUGCAGCUUCAUCAGGACCGCAAGGAAAUAUCGCAGAUUUGCGACGGCAACCUGCAAAGCUUCAAGAUGAAAUAGAUGAUGACUUUUUUAAAGAUGAAGAAGACAAUCUUCAACAACCAGAAGUGGAAGAAAUGCAAAAUGAUGCUCCACCUAGUUUAUUCAGACAAAAAAUAAAUAAGAUUAUUCAAAAAUAUAGAUUUUUUUCAAGUUUGACGAAUUCAGCUACUCCAUCAAAUGAUGAUGAUUUUCAACGAGAAUUCGAUGAUUUUGAUAAAGAGUACGAAGAGGAUGUGAAUAAAAAUAAUUUGACGGAAAAUUUAGGGUACUUUUAUAAUAAACCAGUGAAAAAUGCUAAACAAGAAGCAAGUACUAGUCGUUUCAGUCCCGCCAAUAUUGGUGUGUUUUUCAUGGAACUUAUUGGUAGUUUAGUGGGGUUAGUUUAUGGUGCUGCUGCUCAAUUAAAUUAUCCUGGAACAACAGUCGCUCCAGCUUAGUGUAUAAUUAUUUUUGUGAAUAAAGGUGCUGUUAUUAAAAAAA